AUGGCGGCCUGGUGGGCCGGGCCGGCCCUGGUGGGCCUGGGGGCCGGCUUCGGCCGGAGGGUCUUCUGCCAGGAGGCCCCCAAGGUGGAGAUGAUCUGCCUCCCCGGGGAGAAAGAGCCGGACUUCAACUGGGCCAUGUUUUGGAAAUUCAUACGCCCUCAGCUGCUGGCGGUGGCGGCGUCCAUCGUGUUUGCCUUCGGGGCGGCGAUGCUCAACGUCCACAUCCCGCUGCUGCUGGGCCAGAUGGUGAACGUGGUGGCCAAGCACAUGCGCGUGGGCGACUACCUGCGCUUGGUGCGCGAGCCGGCCCUGCGCCUGCUGACCCUCUACGGCCUCCAGGGCGCCUUAACCUUCGGAUACAUCCUGCUGCUGUCGUGGAUCGGGGAGAGAGUGGCCGGCAGUAUGCGGAAGCAGCUCUUCUCUUCCUUCCUCAGGGAAGAGGUCGCCUUUUUCGAUGCCAAUCAGACGGGGCACCUGGUGAACCGCCUGACCGCCGACAUCCAGGAAUUCAAGUCUUCUUUCAAGCUGGUCAUCUCUCAGGGUCUACGCAGCCUCACUCAGACGGUGGGCUGUUUUGUGUCUCUCUACCUGAUUUCCCCCAAACUGACCGGACUGCUCGUCGUGGUGAUGCCCUUCUUGGUGGGGAUCGGGACCUUUCUCGGCACCUCCCUUCGCAGGCUCUCCCGCAAAGCCCAAGAGCAG